GUCCCUUCUCCGCAGUGCCGUGUACCGUGUCCCUCCUUGCUUUUUGGCUUCCACGACGCCUUCACGUAUAGUAUAGGGAAGUCGACGAUGGCGUCUCAGGCUCCGGCUGGGGAGAAUUUUGACAUCGGCGGGACAUUCGGCAUUGCCUAUGUAGGGGCGAUGAUCGCGAUGGCUCUAUACGGUAUAACGACACUGCAGAGCUAUUUGUAUUAUAUGUAUUAUCCAAAGGAUAGAGCAACCCUAAAACUUCUUGUUGCGACGAUAUGGGCACUUGAAACUUUGCAGGUCGCUCUCGUCUGCCAUUCGAUGUAUCAUUACCUCAUUAGCCAAUAUGCAAAUCCGCUGGCUCUUGGAAUUGGCACUUGGUCUCUCUAUGUGUCAAUCCUAUGUAAUGUCCUCAUCGCGACGUUAGUACAAUUAUUCUUUGCAGUCAGGGUGCACAUCCUAUCCAACAGCAUGUGGUGGCUGUCAAUCCUUAUUAUGGUUACUGUACUCGCACAUCUUGCUUUUGGCCUAGAAACCGUUAUCAAAAUGCUUAUUCUAAAAGAACUCAGCAAGCUACCGACCAUCACGCUCAAUGCUGCCCUCCCCUUCGCCAUUACUGCUGUCUUCCCUGACGUACUCAUUGCAAUUUCACUGUGUUAUUUCUUACAUAGUGUAAAAUCGGGUUUCCGAGGGACGAAUGCCUUGCUUAAUACGUUGAUGAUAUAUGCGGUUAAUCGGUGUCUCCUUACAUCCGUGGUUGCAAUUGUCGAGGUCGUUCUGUUCAAGACUAUCCCCGGCUCGUUCUACUUCCUUGCCGUAGACUUUUGCAUUGGGAAACUUUACGCAAAUUCUCUACUCGCAACACUGAAUACUCGACAAGCUCUCCGUGGUAGAGGUUACGAAAGCGACUCCCUCUCUAUCGCCACCCCCUCCUCGCGUUCCAUACCCACACCACAAUUUGGGUCAGGCUUAAGCCGACGGACAGACCCAGUUGAGCUAAGCGAUCUUCGAGGAACCUGGCGCAGUAAUAUCCGUUCGCAAGGAAGUGCGGAUAGUACGAGUGUUCCGGGUUUGAACUCGGAGAUACAUCGAAUACAUAGGAGUGAGAUGCAGAAGGAUGAGUUGUUGGAUGUGAGUGUUAGUACACCCGGGGAGGUCGGGCUCGAGGAUGAGGAAAGGGAUUUGGAACUGGGAGGGAGAGAAGCCCCGCAGAAAGUCGUGACUUUCGAUUCAUAGCCACGCGGAUUUGAUGGCAUCAUAUCUUGUAUUAUGUAUGGACUUGGAUUAGGUAUUAGCGUGCUCGGACACUUCGGAUGGAACGAGAUUAAUCUUCGACAUGAUCUAAAUGUGAUAGAAUACGACGCG